AUGUCCCGAUUGUUUUCCCUUGCCGUCAUUGUAGCUCUCGCGGCGCUUACCGCAUCUGCUGCGCUGACCGCCACCAUGAAGGGGCCACGGCGGCACAGGCUCAAUGGGUACACCUUUGAGCAAUAUCUUCGCGACUUCGGAAAAAGUUAUGAGGGGCAGGAAUACGUACACCGCAAAGCCUUUUUCGGGCAGACACUGGCCAGUGUGCGCGCCCACAACGCGGCCGGAAACAAGCUGUACGUGAUGGGCAUCAAUCACAUGUCGGAUUGGGCGCCCGAGGAGUUCGCACGCCUAAACGGUGCGAAGCCGCGCAUGAUGCGCCACCUCGCCCGCCCUGAACUACGGCGCACCUACCGCAAGAGUGGCCAGGUGCUCCCCAAUGCGGUGGACUACCGCAAAUCUGUUCCCCCUAUCUUGACAGCUGUGAAAGACCAGGGCGGGUGCGGCAGCUGCUGGGCUCAUGGCGCAGUUGAGAACAUGGAGUCCCACUACGCCAUCGUCAGUGGAAAGCUGCAUGUAUUGAGCCAGCAGCAGCUGACGUCGUGCACACCUAAUCAUCAGAAAUGCGGCGGUACAGGCGGCUGUAAGGGCUCCACAGCAGAUCUUGCCUAUGAGUACGCCAUGGAUGGUCUCACAACGGAGUGGGUAUAUCCCUACACAUCGUACGGUGGUGAAACUGGUCAGUGCCUGCCAAAUAAAAGUGUGUCGGCUUUCGCCCGGGCGGACAGUUAUGUGAAGAUCCCAUCCAACGAUCAGGAAGCCGUCAUGGAAGCUCUUGCCAACCACGGUCCGUUGUCAGUCAACGUUGAUGCAUCUUACUGGAGAAGCUAUUCUGGGGGAAUCUUCAAUGGGUGUGACUACGGCAAGAACAUCACCAUCAACCAUGUGGUGCAGCUCGUUGGUUACGGCCGAGAUGAGGGGCUGAAGGCGGACUACUGGAUCAUCCGUAAUUCAUGGUCACCGGAUUGGGGCGAAAAUGGAUAUAUUCGGCUGCUGCGCACGGAGAACGCUGAGUGCGGCUGGGAUGUUGAUAUGCAGAAGGGUACUGCUUGCGAGGGUGAUCCGUCGGUAGCAUGGGUAUGCGGAGAAUGUGGAAUGGCCUUUGAUGCCUCAUUUCCCAUUAUGUCGUGCAACUAA